AUGCAGACAGUAUUGGUAGCAAGUUUGAAAGGCUCGAUUUGUCUUUUGUUUCUUGUAUCAAUAAAUGGCUCUAUUUCUCCUUUGCUUGACUACCGCUUGGGCCCCGGCCCGCCCGAGAGACAUCUGGCUCAGCAGGAGUCAACUGGUGACGGCUCUCAAGAUGAGAAAUGGAACGGGAAUGCACCUCUAAAUGAGGACGGCACCGGGCUCAAACACCCACUGCCCGGCAACGGUCCAGCAACCACCGUGACAGAGCGCAUUGUUGAGACUGUUGUGGCGCGUGAGGAUGAUGCGGGAAUUGAAGAAAAGGUUAGCGCUGCAUUUGUGAUUUUGACGCGCAACCGCGACCUGAAGGACCUGCGUGAGACUUUGAUUCAGCUCGAGGACCGAAUCAAUCGCAAGUACCACUACCCGUAUGUAUUCCUGAACAACGAGCCGUUCAGCGAUGAGUUCAAGGAGAAGAUCAGCAAGUUCGGGCUGAUCCCGAAGGAGCACUGGUCGUAUCCCGAGUGGAUCAACCAGACGAAGGCUGCUGAGUCUGGGUUCUUCUUCCGCCACCCGCUGAUGGACAAGUACAAGUGGUACUGGCGUGUGGAGCCUGGAGUCAAGUUUGCGUGCGAUGUCGACUACGAUCCGUUCCUGUUCAUGGAGAAGAACAACAAAAAGUACGGCUUUACGAUCUCGCUCAAGGAAUACGAGGCAACAGUCCCGACGCUGUGGAAGACCACCAUGGCUUACAUGGACAAACGCAAGGAUCUGAUCCCUGAGACUAACCUGAUGGAGUUUGUGACCAAGGACGAUGGCAAGUACAACUUGUGCCACUUCUGGUCCAACUUUGAGAUUGCCAGUCUCGACUUUUUGCGGUCCGAAGAGUACCUGUCGUACUUUGACUACCUGGACAAGGAGGGCGGGUUCUUCUACGAGCGCUGGGGCGAUGCGCCAGUGCAUUCGCUCGCGGUGGCGAUGUUCCUGAACAAGAACCAGGUGCAUUGGUUCGAGGACAUUGGGUACUACCACGGUCCGCUGUGGAACUGUCCCAAGGGCAAGGCCAACGACAACUUGCUGAGCCCUGCGCGACGAAAGGCAAAUGGUGCCAGAUAG